AUGAAUAGCGAAACAGACACCAGAGGGUCAGGUCCAGCGCUCGAAGCAUAUAGCCAUGGAGGCUGGAGCUCGGCGGCAGAGGCCGUGGCGAAGCUACCGCCUGAGUACCCCCACAGGACCACUCGGCUUGUCAGAGAUGCCGGUAAACGAGCUGGAGCUGAUGGCAGCGCGGAUCCCGCCGAGUGCUGCAUGGCCGGCGAGCUUGUCGACGAGGGCAGCCCCGAAAAGUAG